CUUCCCUCUAAAUGCAUGGAGAGUUAUGUGUCUAGGUCUAAUAUUUAUAUAUCAGCAACAGCACUAGUGAUCCUCGGCUCCUUAGCAACCGCUACUAUUAAUUACAGCCAGAUCUUCUGCAUUACAGCACGUUUGCUGAGCGAUGACCUCUGUUACCCGCACCGGUCAGCCGGCCCUUUCACUCUCUCCUGCUUUAUAUCGUUCUGGGUUCAACUUCUGGUAAAAGUCCACAGUGUCACUGUUUCCAUUUUUGGCUCCACUUUGUGUCCUCGCUCACAUCACACCUGGCUGAGAUCUCCCCGGCGGACCUUUCACCCCUCGUCCCGCCAUGGCCCUCUCCUCACGCUUAAAACUCUGGGAACAGAAGAUCAAGGAGGAGAAGAAGCCUCCAGCCGCCGCCGCCGCUACACAGCCUCCUCCUCCUCUCUCCGCCGUCCCUGGAGGAUUCCUCAAACAGCUGGUGAGAGAGACAGAGAAAGAGACGCGCCACAAAGAGCCAGAGCUCAAGGAGGAGAAGACGCCCAGGAAACUCAGCGACAACCUGGUCCAGAACUUCUUACUUCCCGACCAAACUCCACCGAUACUGGAAGCGGAGAUGGCACUUCGAGCGGAGCAGCUGGUGAACGGGGAACGUGGCCGCCACACCGCAUUGACAGAGAAGAAAACGUCCUCCCCCAGGAGGAUAAUGUCACCCGACCCAAAAAAUCCAAAAACCGGCUCAAAGUCUACCACACCAGAGGUCAGCCUCAGGACAGAGACAGCGAAAUCUCCAGCACCACCACUGGAAAAAGAAGUGAAAAAAGAAGAAGUAAAGUUGCAGCAAGAAGUUAAACCCCUGAAACAGGAAGUGCAAGAGCCUGAGGGUCAGAUCACUGUAACCCCCAUAAGAGAGAAGCCCAAGGUUCCAGUGAGGGAUGUGUGGUAUGAAGCUGGCAAAGUGUGGUAUGCUCACAAAGACGGUUAUACACUCGCCACUCAGCUAAAGCCGGACGAAGGCACACCGGAGCUCCCUGAUGGCAGGGUGAGGGUUCGACUGGACUCUGACGGAUCCGUCCAUGACGUUUCCCAGUAUGAGAUUGAAAAGCUGAACCCACCUGAGCUGGACCUGUGUGAGGACUUGAGUGACCUCGUGAGCGUGAACGAGUCGAGCGUCCUUCACACUGUGACCAGUCGAGCUAAAGGACAUCUACCCUUGACUCACGCUGGGCCCAAUCUACUGGCUCUGUGGCCUCCGCUGUCCUCGCCAGGCAAGGGGCUUCGGAGCAGACACUGGGAGUCCUGGGAGGCUCCUGGCCCACUGCAGGCUCUGGUGAGGAGGGUGUACGUGUCUAUGGUGGGUCAACGGAGGGACCAGACGCUGGUGGCUUUGGGCCGCAGUGGCACAGGGAAGACCACUUCCUGUCAGUCAUUUUCCCAGGAGCUGCUGAAACAAGCGGGAACUGCUGGAGGAAGCCUUACCUUAGAGCGGCUCCAGGCAGUGUUUACAGUGCUGCGCUCGUUCGGGUGUGUGAACUCGUCUCACAGCGAGGCCUCGACUCGAUUCGCUAUGGUGCUCUCACUGGAUUUUAACCACGCCGGACUCGCUGCUGCCGCACAUCUGCAGACUAUGCUGCUGGAGAAAUGGAGGGUGUGUCAGAGGCCGGAGGGAGAGAGUAACUUCCUGGUUUUCUCCCAGAUGCUCGCAGGCCUCAGCACAGACAUGAGGACUGAACUGCAGCUGCACCAGUUAAAGGAACACAACUCAUUUGGAAUUUCAUGCCCAACCAAGACUAUGCUGCUGGAGAAAUGGAGGGUGUGUCAGAGGCCGGAGGGAGAGAGUAACUUCCUGGUUUUCUCCCAGAUGCUCGCAGGCCUCAGCACAGACAUGAGGACUGAACUGCAGCUGCACCAGUUAAAGGAACACAACUCAUUUGGAAUUUCAUGCCCAACCAAGGUGGAUGAAAAGCAGAGAGCUUCAGUGGGUUUUGGGAAGCUACUGGCCGCCUUGAACACUUUAGGAUUCUCGGCGGAUGAGCAGAAGGCCAUUUGGCAUGUUUUGGCAGGAAUCUACCAUCUCGGCGUCGCAGGAACAUGCAAGGUGGGUCGUAAGCAGUUUAUGAGUUUUGACAGCGCGCAGACGGCCAGCGCCAUCCUGGGUUGUGAGGGAGAGGAGCUCCACACUGCCGUCUUCAAACACCACCUGAGGCAGUUACUGCAGAGAGCCACUGGAGGCGUCAGAGAGCGCCGCGCCGCAGAGGAACCAGAGGAUGGUCCGAGACUGAGUGCCGCUCAGUGUGUGGAAGGGAUGGCAGCUGGUCUGUAUGAGGAGCUCUUCACCUCUAUUGUGUCCCUCAUCAACAGAGCGCUGCACUCUCAGCAGCUGACGCUGGCCUCUGUGAUCGUGGUGGACACUCCGGGUCCGAGACUGAGUGCCGCUCAGUGUGUGGAAGGGAUGGCAGCUGGUCUGUAUGAGGAGCUCUUCACCUCUAUUGUGUCCCUCAUCAACAGAGCGCUGCACUCUCAGCAGCUGACGCUGGCCUCUGUGAUCGUGGUGGACACUCCGGGCCUGAGGAACCCCAGACACAGCGGUGACGACCGGGCCGCCGGCUUCUCUGAGCUCUGUCACAACUACUUACAAGAGAGACUGCUGGAGCAUUACUUCAGCCACACAUUCACACACACGCUGGAGAGAUACACACAGGAGGGAGUAGCUGUUGAUUUCACAGCCCCUGAGACGAGCCCGUCAGAGGUGGUGUGUGCUGUUGACCAGCCUGGAGUGCAGGUAUCACUCACCGAUCCUCAGCACACUUCUUACACUCGCUACCCUGAGCACAUGUCCCUGGGUGAUUUCCGCUGUCGUUUUCAGGCCCUCUCUGCUCCCAUAAUGAAACGAUAUGGUUCUGUCUUCAUUACCCCUGACGAGAGGAAGGUUCAGCAGAUGGCAGUGAGCUGUAUUCAGAGAAAUGUGCGAGUCCUCACUGCAGUGGCCCGCUGGAGCUGGUGGAAGCUGCUGUGCAGAGUGCGCCCCCUUCUGGAUGUCAACAUGGAUGACCAGCGGCUCAGAUCCAAAGAGGUACGUACUACUGACACAUUCACAAAGGACAUGUUUGACAGCGAACUGACCCAGGCGCUGGAACAGGCUGAUAAUGAGAGGGAGCAGAAGGAGAGAGCCAUCCAGGAGAAUACCGCCCUCGGUGCAGAGAUCUUCACCCUUCGCAAGACGCUCAAGGAGAGUCAGGUGGAGGUCACGCACCUGCAGCAGCAGAAGGAGGAACUGUGUGCUCAGAUCCGUGACCUGAGCGUUCCGCACCACCUCACCUCCGACUCCAUCCCUGAACUGAAGAAGAAGCUCCGUGAGCUGGAGACCAGAGACAAGGAGCGCUCAGACGAGAUCAGCCAGAUGACUGCCAGAAUCAAACAGCAGGAGCAGACGCACCUUCGCUUUGAGAUGGAGAUGGAGAGGAUGAAGCAGAUCCAUCAGAAGGAGCUGGAGGACAAGGACGAGGAACUGGAGGACGUGCAAAAAUCCUCACAAAGACGGCUCCGACAGCUGGAGAUGCAACUGGAACAGGAAUAUGAGGAAAAACAGAUGGUGGUUCAUGAGAAGCAUGACUUAGAGGGGCUGAUUGCCACACUGUGUGAACAGGUGGGCCACAGAGACUUUGACGUGGAGAAGAGGCUGAGGCGGGAUCUGAAGCGCACACAUGCCCUGCUCAGUGAUGCCCAGCUGCUGCUGUCCACCGUUGAACAGCCCGGGCAGGGUCACGACCCCGGUGCCAAGGAGCAGCUGGAGAGACUGUGCUGCCAGCUGGAGGACAGUGAAGCCAGACGCUUGGAGUCAGAAAGCACACAGAAGACUCUGGCUGCAGAGCUAGAAAAUGCUCAGAUCGAACUAGAGAGCAUCUGCAAGCAGAAGAGCCUGGUGGAUGAGCAGCUGGCUCAGCUCCGCUACGAGAGGACGGACCUGAUGAAGAGGCUGGAGGAAGACCAGGAGGAUCUCAACGAGCUCAUGAAGAAGCACAAAGCCCUCAUCGCUCAGUCUUCCAGUGAUAUCUCUCAGAUCCGAGAGCUUCAGGCUGAAAUGGAGGAGCUGAAGAAACAGAGACAGACCCUACAGAAGGAGCUGCAGACCAGCGUAGCACGUGUGCAGUUUCUAGAGUCGUCCACGGUGGCCCGCAGCAUCGUAAGCAAGCAAGAAGCUCGUAUCUGUGAUCUAGAGAACAAAUUGGAGUUCCAGAGAGGACAGGUCAAGAGAUUUGAGGUGCUGGUUCUGCGUCUGCGGGACAGUGUGGUGCGGCUGGGUGAGGAGCUGGAGCAGGCGGCCCAGGCCGAGGCCAGGGAGAGGGAGAACUCCCGAUACUAUCAGCAGAGACUGGCGGAUAUGAAACUGGAAAUGGAUGACCUGAGCAUCAGAGAACAGGAGAGCAGCCGUCGACGCAUGGAGCUGGAAAUGCAAGUGGAAGAGCUUAGCGCAGUAAGACAGACCCUGCAAGCUGAUCUAGAGACAUCAAUCCGGCGAAUCGUUGAUCUACAAGCCGCGCUGGAGGAGGUGGAGUCCAGCGAUGAAAGUGACACAGAAAGUGUACAGACGGCUGUGGAGUCCUUCUCUAGAAGGAAAGAUCUCGACACCAUGUCCAGCGUCGGAUCCAGUGUGGGUACUGAAGACGUCGGCGAAGGGAUCCGUCAGUGGGCAGGUGUACCACGAGGAGGCAGAACUUCUCCUUACGCAGGAAGCAGCUCCGGCCGCCAGUCUGUUACCGACACCAUGAGCACCUACAGUUUCAGAUCUUGCACUCAAGACCUUGACGAAGACAUCAAAGAAAGUUCCAGUGGUCUUGGCAGAGCGUCGUCAUCCACGGCCCUAUCUGAGCUCCUGGAGGGUCUUAGGAAGAAGCGCGCUGGAUGGGAAAGAGGCUCGGAGGCGGGCGAGGGGAGCACAGUGUCACUUCCCAUCUAUCAGACAACAGGGGCCUCCACGCUACGCCGCAGGUCCUCAGCGCUGUCUCUAGAAGCAGAGGAGGGUCUGGAGGACCUGCCUCGACCUGGCAUACUGAAACCUCCCAGUCCGCACCUGCCUCGUGCCUCCAGCCUCCGCUCCCUAUCCGAGUCAGGCCCAACGUCCUCCACCAGCACAACCACCACAGGAAAGAUGAACCGCUUCAGCUCCUGCGACUCCCUCGCAUCCGUGACCUCCACCGCAAGUUCCCGCCGCCACUUGUCCAACCUGGCCAUCCCUGAGGAAGGCGAGGAAGAGCCCAGCUCGAAAGCCAUGCCUCCUCUAGGCACCUAUCAACCAAUCCGACACCGUCUACUUGGUGGCCUGGUAGCAGAAACAGGAGAGUCACAAUUGGGAUUGGAACCACUUGUAUUCCAGAAUCGCAGACUCCUCGGGAAUCAAGACAAGGAGAGGGCCAGAGUCGAUGCAAGGGACACCAGCUCAGACAUUCUCCCAGCCAUCCGUCGAGCGCAGUCCACCAGCAGCCUGGCAUCUAGCAGUUCCCGAACGGGCCAGAGACGAGCCCUCAGUGUGCACUUUGGGGAGUUGCCGCCCUCCAGAGCGUCACGUAGGGAGUCCGACUCGGACUCUUCAAGUUCUGGUGGAUCUCAGAAGCGCCGUGGGCCUCAAGGAGAGAGGCUGGAAGCCGAGGGCAGCGAGGACGUCAACUCGGUGAUGAAGAAGUACCUCAAAAAAGCAGAAGUCGACUAGAAGACUCAACGAGGAUAGAUGAAGACAUGGAGAAUUGACUCAGUCCAGAAUGCAUUGAGGCACAUUUAACUGGAAGCACAAAUACACUGAGGAUUUAUUUUGAGCACUGUUUGUACACAAAGAUGUUAAAGUGAACGCAUGAAAUUCCUAAAAUUCUCACUGUAAACAUGCCCUUUAUUCGAGCCGUGCUGAUACCCACGGGUGCUUCAGGUCAGGGAAAUUAAUCUUGACCAGUGAGAGCUCGCUUUCCCUCUCAGCAGUCAGUGCAAAUUUGUUGAACUCCAACAGAUGUAAAUAAAAACGUCGAGCAGAAUCAUUGGUAUUUGCUUCGACCUUUCAAAGGAGAGGAACAGCAUUACA